CGUGCGCGCUAUUGUUCCAACCCAGCAACAAGCUGCAAGUCAGACAGAAGCAGCGGAUCCGAGUGCUGGUGGAUGGGGACCCCCCAGGCCUCAGACAGUGGGGAGCUCGGCGAUGGACACCCCGGGUCUGGACAGGUCUGACGGGCCCGUCACCGCGGAGACCUGAGAGCGCGGGCUCCUGAGAGACAGCGCCGCCCGGAGGCCGGGACACAUGUGAGGAGAGCCAGGCUCCUCUGCUGCCAGCACCCGACCGGCCCGCGCCCUCCAGCCCUCAGCCGCCGCCGCUCAUGGGGGCGAAGCAGAGCUCGGCCUCCCGCACCCGGGCGUCGUUCCCCGGGGUGUCGUCAGAUGACAGCGCCGUGCCCCCGGCCUCACACUUCGGACAUUACCGGCCAGGCGGUGCCAUGGGGCUGCGGAGCCGCUCAGUCAGCUCGGUGUCCGGCCUGGAGCCUCCAGCGGCGGGACUGCCAUUCGGCCUGUACCGGGCCGGGCCUGAACCCGACAGAGGAGGCAGCUCUGGGGCCGAAGAGAGCCGGGGAGGCCUGUACCUGGGGCCCCGGGCCUCCCUCACCGACACCCUGCAACUCACCCCUCGGUGGAUCGGAGCACAGAGCGGCUUUCGCUGCCCCAUAUGCUCCAAGUCUGUAGCUUCCGAUGAGAUGGAGAUGCACUUUAUAAUGUGUCUAAGCAAGCCACGGCUCUCCUAUAACGAUGAUGUUUUAACGCGGGAUGCCGGCGAGUGUGUCAUCUGCCUGGAAGAGCUCUCGCAGGGGGAUACAAUAGCCAGACUCCCCUGCCUGUGCAUUUACCACAAAAGCUGUAUAGAUUCCUGGUUUGAGGUGAACAGGUGUUGUCCAGAGCACCCUUCUGAUUGACCUGCGGCCAUUCUGGCUGACUUUCUCUUAAGAGCACUGGGUUUCACCCUCUUUAGGAUCACAGAGACUGGAAUCUGCGUCCUUCCAGGGUUGUCUGAACUGCUUUCCACACUCGCCCCCUCCUUCAUGCGCACCUUCAGUUUUACAAGACUGAAGAUCCGGGGAAUAACAAAAGCCAAACUGAAGACUCUUCCCAUCAUCAUCUUUAAAUGCUCGUGGGGAGAAGGCGUCGGAAAUGGGGAGAAGGCAGAAGACGGCGUGUCUUUUCACGGGCCGCUCCUACCAGGUCGAGGAUGCUGAGAGGUCUUAAGUCAACGCCACUUGUGCCCUUUGUCGGUGGAGUUCAUGGAUUGGAGGGGUGGGGGGGGGGGGGGGGAGAAGAGCAAAGGAAGGUCGAUGGAAGAGAAUGUGAAUCCCCUCUUCAACCCUGGUGACCCCGCCGGGUAUACAUUGUCACCUGCAAUGCCAUGAGACAAACAUUUAUACUACUUAAUUCCUGGCACUUUGCACUGAACGUUUCAAGGGUGGGACCAUCCUGCGCAACGCCAGAGGUGGGGGGAGGGGUGCUGUUGGCACAUUGGUUGGCUUUCCUGGCGUCUUGGUUAUACCAGGGUUUUUUUGUUUUUGUUUUUUUUUCUUUCCCAGUGCUUCCCAGACUAAAAGCUUUGCUGAUGGCGAGGGCUGACGGACUGGGCUGCCUUGCCGUAACGUCAUCUCCAGCCGACUUGGUUUUUGCACACGAGAGAAAACAAUGUAAGGGUCCAUUGUGACUAUGCUGAGAGAUACAGGGUUGUGAAAUGGGAACCCCCACACGUUUUCAUUGUUUGUUUUCCCCAUCAACUCCUGUAAUAAUAUUAUUAUAAUAGAUAAUGUAAGUAACUUAUGCUGGAUUGAGGCCGAGAGCCGCGUUUCGAGGGUUGUUGGCGUUUGCUUUGGGGUCUCUUCAUUUUACCCGCUCGGUGGGCAGUCGUGACGUUCUUAUCGGUGUUCACUUCCUGUGUAUAUUUUGGCGGCUUAGGCUGUUCUGUCUGCAGGUGCUGGAUUAUAGGGGAUUGAUGCCCCCCAUCCUAAAAGGUGACCCUAUUAACCCUUUGUGCACACAGACGCCACCGCACUGAUCGUUGCCGAUCACCGGUCUCUAGCAAGGCUUAAAGGUGCACGGGGGGGCCUCAUCGCUCGCAGCAUCGCAGAUGGAUCUGCUUUUGGCCUUAUGCCCUCCGCAGUGAACGGGUCCUGAGUACGUGAUGAUCACCCGUCAUCCCACAAAAUCUAUAUCUCCAGCCCAUAGUAGCUUUACCACACUGAUGCCCCCCACAAGCUUAGCCAAAUAAAGUUUUGCACCGUUUCGGCUCACGUCGGACGUUGUAUUUAUUCGAGGUCUGCUCCUCGUUUUUUUCUACGCAGCAGAUGCCUCACUUGUAAAGAUGAUCUAGAUUUUAUACAGGCCUGGCCACUGUAAUGUGCUGUGUCGUAUAGCCACCUAGUGGACAGUGCACGUAGUGCAAUCCCUUCCCUCUUAUGCUGUUUACACCCUGGUAAAGGGGGGGCUAUGUUAGAAUUUAAGAAUUUGGGGAGCAAAUUGGUGCCAAUAGAUAUUUUAUUUCUUCACCCACUUCUGUGGACAAACCUAAUCUAUGGAUAUUGCCAAUUUAAGCAGACGUCACCUGGAUUCAGUUUGCAUGUUUUUUUUUUUUCCACCCCAGUAAUCUAAUUCUAGCUAAUUAAAAGGACAUAACUCUUUACCUCCCGUCAGUGUUACCGUGGGGGUGGGUUUGCACUGUCUGAUUCUUGCUGGAGUGCCCCCCCCCCUCCCUUAUUUUAUGUUGGGCGGAUACAAGGGGGGAACUUUUUGGGCGGGGAAAGCUGUAGCGGCCAAAUAUAAUUUGCCCUGUAGUGACUUCAUUCAUUUUUUAUUUUUUUGUUAAUUUUAUAACGUGGGUGGGAAAUGAGCUGCGGACUGUGUUGUAUAUCUGUUGUUCUAUAAUAAAGGAAUGGAUCUUUACGGAGUCCUGACUGCCGAUUA